AACUGUCCGAAGGCCGCCGCGCUGCGCCGCGUGGCGGAACAGCUGGUCCGGGAGGAAGCGCGACGAGGAAGAGACGGGGUCUGGCCUGUCUGGUUUUGCGCGUCGAGCGGCGAGCAAUAUUGAGCAACAUGGAGAACGCGCCGGAACGUCGAGCUGUCGCGUCGUAAACCGCGUGAAAAACUGAAAGAGCUCGUCGUCGUCGCGGUCGCCGCUUAAAUGACACGGCACGAUGACGCGGUCGAAGAUCCAGAAGCUGAAAUUCUUCAUAUUCCUGCUGAUCUUCCUGCUGGCGCAGACGGCGGUCUGCGACGGGAGUUUUCGGGAGAAGAGGGACGCGCCGCCGUCGGCGAAUGUGGACGAGAAGGCGCCCGCGGUCGCCAACGAAAAUGUAGGAACGAACGAGAAGCACGGCGAUAAGGACGGCAAUCGGAAAACCGCGGACGCCGGGUCUACCGCCGACGCGAAGAAGCCGGCGCCCGACGGCAACAGGACGCACGACAACAUAACCCCGAAGCCGCUGCCGUCGGACAUCGCCGUCGCGAACAAAACCUCGCACACCGCGGACACGUCCAACGAGUCCAGCGAAGGCCACACGUCCUUCAACACUGGUGCUCUUGUACGUGGCUUCUUAGUCUUCGUGGGACUAAGCAUCCUUGUCAUGGCCUACAUCGUGUUCCGUAGUUUUAGGUUAAGUAAGACACGCGCCCAGUUGGUUCGAAAAUACGGUGUCCUCACGCACAGGCAAGACGUCGAGAUGCGACCGCUGCCACUAGAAGAGGAGGACGAUGAGGACACAACUGUUUUCGAUGCGAGUAACGUUGUGACGAUCAAUGCUCAGCAUCAAAACGCAUAGACGUGUGUCUCAUAGUGAUAUACACCGCUAUAUUAUAUAUGUGAAUAUGUCAUCCGUGCAAUGUUCUCGACAUCACGUGACUUUUAAUAACAUCCAACUAACUUUACCGCGAUCUCUUGCAGUAGAUACACAAGGGGACUAUCGAUUGCGAGAAAGGCAUUUUUCAACGUUUUAAAAGUUAUUUGCUUUGCGCAGAUUAUUAACAUCAAAUAUGCAUCUGUGAUGCACUUAUCAUUAACAUAUUAUGCUUUUCAGCAAUAGAUGUACUUUUCCUAAAAAAAAAGAAACAAAAGAAAGAAAAAAUACAAAAUAUUUCUACCAACA